GGGAGAAGUGCGUCACUGCAUGUUUAUUUACUUGUCAGUCAGUUGUGGUAGAAAACAAAAGUUGUUACAUACUACGCGUUAUUUGUUUCACGGAGCUAUUUUUAAACCUACACUGGUUACUGAAGGAAAGGAAGGCGAUUAUUGACAUAAAUGGGCGGGGUCACUUAGCUGCAUGUGUGUUCACUGCACGUUUUCCCAACCGUAUGGACUAUUGUGGUGGUGAGGAUGAUUAGACGCUGACACAUCCGCUUCGAGGAUCAUCCCCGCGCCUAAUCUGCAGCUCACCAGACUUGUCUGUGUAAGGGCAUUAAGACUGGGUUGAAACAUCUGAUUAUUGUCCUUGCUGAUGCAGUAUAUGUAAUACUUCAGCUUCUGAGCUAUGCAUCUACCUCUAUUGUAAUAACUCUAGUAUCUAGAGAACUUUAAUGAAAGGCCUACAUUUAUUAAAUGAAAUAUUAAGCUAUUUUUCCACUGUGAAUGCAGGACCCAAUGGACCUGUGAUUAUAAUGGUUAUUCACAGCUUAUGAUGUUCCUUUAAGAUACACAAACAUAUAGUCACAUAUAUGCAAGCAUACAAUAAGAGAUGCCAGAGUUAAGCACAGUUACAGACUGUCUGCUGAUCAGUAAUGCCCGAUCAGCCUGUAACAAUGAACUCAUCCAGAAGGAGGCAGUCACUCUUUGUAUCAAUGUUUCCAAGCAGCAGCCCUUUCCUUCUAUGCGGGUAAGCACUUUGCGUGUGCCUGUAUAUGAUGACCCUCAAGAAGACCUGUACAAGUAUUUUGACCGCUGUGCUGAUGCCAUAGCCAGUGAGGCAGAACGGGGGGGCCGCACUGUUGUGUACUGUAAGAAUGGACGCAGUCGCUCAGCUACUGUUUGUGUGGCCUAUUUAAUGAAGCACCAGGGUCUCACCUUGACAGAUGCCUUCCAGGUAGUAAAAAGUGCCCGAUCAGUAGUUGAGCCAAACCCGGGAUUCUGGACUCAGCUGGAGCGAUAUGAACAGGAGCUGAAGAUCAGGAUGUCAGCCAGGCACAGAUCCAACCUCGCUCCAGUUUAACUUUAUACCAGCAUUUUCUGAUAUGGCAUUCUCAACCUUCAGGGCUUAAUAAUAGCUAAGGCCUUAGACAUGAAACUGUUCUAGCUUGCUGCCAAUUAUGAAUUCCUUAUAGUAAUAAUAAUAAUAAUAAUAAUAAGGAUAUGUGCCUUAAAUGAUUAUUCUCCGUUUUAUUUAUUUAUUUAUUUGCAUUUUCUAAUUUUAAUUUGCUUUUAUUUUAUUUGACUGGUUUUAGAUUAUAAAGACAUGAUUAAGGCUCCUAAGAAAACUGUUUUUUGGCUUAACUGAAAGCCAAAAGUGUGUUUUUUUUUUCAGAGGCAUCUCUUUAACAAACCUAAAAUACCACCAAAUUGCUAAAAGUAUUACAAUUGUAUAUUACCCUGCUAAAUGAUGAUCUCAGUAGGAUUUUAUUUACUUUACAUAAAAACAGAAAAGAGAAAUACUUAAAUAUUUUAUAUAAAUUAUGCUGACAGCUUAAAAACUAAUAUAAAUUCAUAAAGGUCAUCUUUACAUUUUUUAAAUCAUUUAACAAAUCUAACAUGUCUCUGUUGAAUGUUGUAGAUUUACCGUAGAACUGUAUUUUAGCAUGUUUUAAAUAACACUAUAUGUUAAGCCCUGUCUUAUAGUAUUAAUGAUUCUUUCAUGUUACCCAAUAGAGGGUACAGGACUAUGAAAGUGUGUGUUCAUUUCAUAGCCUCAUUAAAAGAUAAUAUGUAACAUUUGUCUACUUUAUUUACUGACUGACAGAAUUACUUUCCCUAAACAUGCAGAUAACAGAAAAAUAAGAGCAAGUUCAUUAAUUUAUGUGUUUAUUAAUGUCAAUCUCUAUACACCAGAGGAACUAUAGGGAGUACAUUGAUUUUUCUGAUUUAUAUUUUCUGUAAUAGGCCAAACAGGACAGAAAGGCAGGUGUCUAAACUUUAUCCCACCCCUGACGAACGCUAUCGAUCCAAUCCAAA